AUGAUGAUUUGUUGUCAACCGAGAACGAGCAUCUGCUUUUUGUUGCUUAAAUGCUGCUACUGCCUGCAGGUACAAAAUCGCGGCGAACCACGGUAUGGGGUGGGGGCGAUACAGUCUUCAGUCCGGAUACCAAGAACAGGCCGCUCCUGUGCACAUCUACCUUCCAAGUUUGAGCAUGGCUGUGGUUUACCCUUGGACGGAAGAGCCUUGCAUCUAGCCACCUUCGGUUCCUGGCUCCACUAUUUGGAAGUAGCACUUUCUCAACGUACUCACUACACCAUAACCGGUAAAUCCCUGAUAGUGGCACAUGCUAGAUGUUGUGGGUGGUACUCGGCUACAUUCUCAACCCAUAACACUGAUACAUCGAAUGGCUUAAGUAAGCACAAGUUUGGCUUGGCUAAAUUCGCACGGGCAGCCAUCAUAUCUGGACAUUGGGCCGGGGCUCAUGCUCACCAGCCAUCAUCCUGUUCACAUGGAGCCUGA